AAUAACUUCACAUGUCUGUAAAUUAAAAUAUGAAAUGAAAAAGCGAACAUCCAUCGAAUUUUCCUCCGCACGUCGUCAUGGCAACGACGGGCGGUUGACAGCUUAUAAUUUAAAUCAUCGCGAGACUUUGCAAAGUGUCGCGUGUGAAUUACAGGCUUGACAUUGUGUAUUCUCGAGCAGAGCCGUUAUUUGUAACGGUUUCUGAAUGGUUAACGGUAACGGUAACGGUUAUUCCAGGAUACUGUCGUCUCAUUUUCAUGGAAGCAGGUCGCAAAUGCAGUUUCGUUUCUUCAAAAGUAGAAGUUUAGGACCCAGCAGUUCGCAGGACGAGGGGGGAGGAGUCCAAAAAUGAUUGGCAGGAUUUUCUGGAGGCACGGCGGAGCGAGUAGUCUGGCAAGCUGACCACAACCACAGCGCCUAUCCUGACGAGAGAAAGAUUUUUUUUUUCGCGAAUUCUGUUCCAGUUCGGCCACGAUUUCUUCUCGAAUGUCUAAAAAUCGGCGGGGAGGCGGUAUUUGCAGCCUUAUAUCACCGAUGCUCGCUCAACAGAUCGCCUUACGGAGUGGAUAAUGCUUAAGAUGAGGCUGCCGGUGAGAGCGGCGGAGGAGGGGGGCGACACGGCCGAGGGGGAACGACGGGAAAGCGGAGAGUGUGGCACGAACUGCCCGUUCGGUACCGCUUUUAGUUCCGCCGCUUGUAACGGGUCCGAGGAGCCGAACAGCAGGAGACGGAACCGCCCGCUGCAACUCGAACUCGACAAGGAGGCGGUGUUCGAGUGGUUCGGUCUGCGCCUGAGCCCGGCCAAGCGAGUGGAGUUCAUGUGCGGUCUCCUCCAUAUGUGCCAGCCGCUCGAACUCCGCUUCCUGGGCUCUUGUCUGGAGGACUUGGCCCGAAAAGACUUCCACGUCCUGCGGGACUUCGAGGCACGGGCGAACAGCCCCGCCGACCUGGCGCUGCUGACGGACAUGGCCGACCCCGUCGUGUUUUCCAGGCUGCUGGUCUGCCUGUCCCUGCUGGGCUCCAAGAACAGGGAGUGUGCGGGGAUACUGUAUCGGACGUUGAGCCAUAUGGACGUAUUGCAUUCACGGAGCUGUGGGGUGCCUUACUCGGGGCUCCACCCCAGCCAGCCCAGCUGUGAGGCCGGACUGGAGGAGACAGCGGAGCCGGUGACUCUGGAGCAGCUGGCUUUGCUCUUCACCAUGGCCUCCUUACACCCGGCGUUCACUUUCCACCAGCGGGAGGUUGUCAGAGCUCAACUGGAACGCGUAGAGACGUUAAUGGAGGAGAGGAGGGCGAACCACGGAGGCUCCAGAACUCAAACACUGCAGAACGAGUUUUCUCGGCCAGACUACCUCUGUUCACACACUGAGGGGAGCAGAACGUGGUCACCAUGUCCUGGUCCAGUCCAGCGCCUCAGCAGCAUGCCUCAGAGACAAGUGGUACACAUUGAGAAGAUCCUACUUAAGGAGAUCUCUCUAGGAGGGGACUGCAGACAGUACAGUUUUGAGGUGAAAUGGUCAGACUCGUCGUCUACUGCUGUGACCAAAAGUCACCGUGAAUUACAGGACUUUCUGUUGAAGCUGAAUAAGGAGCAAAGCUCAACUGGCUUGGAGCAGGGCAUUGUGGGUUUACUGAAUCAGACUGAGGGUGAGCACAGGGACCUGGAGAGAAUGCUCAGGGAGAUGUUCUUGUCCGUGCCGAAGGAGUUUCUUCAGAUGUGCCAGGUUUCUGGGUUUUUCCUGCCUGAUGUGUCUUCCCUGCACUGCAGCCACUGCAACAGCGCACCUGGAGCCAGAACGCAACAGCCCGCUCCUCGCUUCUCAGAAGACUGCUCAGAAACCUCUAGCCUGGAGGAGGACGUUGAUGCCUAUGGAGUCUCCUGCUCGAAGAAUCUUACACACAGUGUCAGAAACACAGGACACAGUAAGCAGCAGCCAGAGGCCAGCCAGUGGGAGUGCAGCAGAAGGAGUGUCCACAGUGAGAUGAAUGGAGAGGUGAAAGGGAGGAGGCGAAGCUCCCAGCAGUGUGGGGCAGAGCCUCAGCAGGAGUGUGAGAGCCCAGCCAUUUGUGUGUCCACUCAGAACUGCUCGGAGGAGAGGAAUGCAAUGAAGAACAAAGGGAGGCCGCCAGGCAAAAGGGACAGAGGCAGGAGAGGCACUGCUGUGAAAAGCUCUGUAGCCAAUGGAAUUCAGCGAGCACCUGCAGUACAGAUGAUGACCCAGGCCAUGUUUAAGGCUACAGGCAGGGACACUUAUGGAGAAACAUCAUCAGAAAGCUCCAACUCUGUGCCAUCUAGCCCCGUUCAUCACCAGCGCAGCCUGGAGACCCAAGACAUAGAGAGUCAGUCAGAUAACUCUGCCCAGGGUCUGGCAGACAAAUCUCACAUCCCUAAGGCUGCCGGACGGAAAGCAGUUGCCAUGGUGAACCCACUAGUGGCAGAGCUGGACCGGUCGUGCCCGGAUGUCCCACGCUCUUCGGCUGUGGUGGAGCUGGCCUUGAGCUCCUGCCUCCCCUAUGCCCUGCAGUACAGCCCUGCACACAGAGAUGUAGGCAAACCUGGAGAGAGCAAACUAACAAUCACCAUUCCCCUGACCAAGCAGGAUCGUAGGUACACCCGGCAAGCCUCUGGAGGUGCAGCGGAGACCCCUGCCACCCCCCAGCCACAGCAGCUCCCCAUGGGUGCCAUCAGUGUGCUCUCACCCACCCAGUGCCCUUUGCAGCCAGCCUGCCCAGAAGCAGCCCAACCCCAGUCUCAGGUUCCAUCUACCAUCACUUCUCCUGUAGGGAAAGCCAGGGUCAUUGGCCAGCCCCUGCCCCACCAUGCCUCAUCUAACCAAGUGACUGGUCCUGGACCACUACCACCUGCCUCGCUCACCCACAGCACGGCUCAGAGCGAGACACCUUCGUCUUACAUUAACAGUGUCAGCGUCUGCACUGGUCCCGGCACUCCCAUCCCAGCUCAGACCCACUCACACACGCAGCCGCAGACACAACCCAACGUCCAGCAGCAGCAGACGGGCUGCAAUGCCUGUGGUUGUCGUGGCAGCUGUGGAGGCAGCGGAGCCCACCAGUCAGCCAAUCAGUCACCCAACUUCUUCCUGCAACACCAUGCAGCCCGACAGGUUUUCGGCCCCCCUCCUCCAUUUUUCCACCUUGCUCCAUCGUUGUGCAGCACCGCUGCCUUCCCCAGCCAGGCCCACCAGAGCAACGGGACACCUCCCCUGCCCUUCUACGCCCACGCUUCGCCCACUGCAGCUUUUGCAAGCUCUGCCCUCCUCCACGCCCACUCAGACCACCUACUGGCCGCCCAGCCAGGAUACGCCCUGCAGCAGGUGGGGGCAUUUGGCCGCAUCUAUCCACCCCUCUUCCCCCCGGUGGGUGUGGUGCCUGGAGGGGCGGGGCUGAAGAAGGGUGGGACAGUGUCCUGCUAUAACUGCGGCAUGAGUGGCCACUACGCACAGGACUGCAAGCAGCCGUCCAUGGACGCUGGGCAGCCAGGUGGCUUCCGGCUUAAGUACGUUGCCCCACACUCCUCAGAAGCACUAGACAAAGCUGAUUGACAGCAGAGGACCAUGGAAGCACUCUGUUUCACUUUCCAGCUGUUCCCUGUAGUAAAGAGGCCAGAAACCCCUUGUUAAAAGCGAUGUGAUGUUUGUGUUAUCUGUAUUAGCCAUCUUUAUAAGAUUCUUGAGUUAGAGAUUGUGGAGAACCUGCCCUAAACUAAGGCAGAUUUAUUUCUUUCUUUGUUUUACCCUCAAAAGCUUUUCAGUGUAGUUUCAGUCAUUCAUGAAGGCAUAAGCAAAAGAACACUUGGGCUUCUGUGUGAAGAAUUAUUUCAUUUUAAUGGGACUGAAUAGGUUGGAUGCCAAGAGCAAUUUGUUGUAUGCUUCCAUCUUAUUUAUCCAUAUACGAUUAUAUUUCAACUGAAAUUCUCACAUUUCAGCCAAGAAUAGGAGGGAGGAGUUAUUGUGAAUCUUAACUUGAGUACUUAGUAGCCUCUACAUUUUGAAAUGGACACAUUUUAUAGAGGCCCAAGGAAGAGUUUCAGAAAUUUUUAUACUUGCUAUGAGCAGCUAAUGAGAGCUAAAAAAAAAUAUGUAUUUACUGUUUAUUUGAGAUUUUUUUUUUUUUUUUUGGAGACCAUUUUCUUUUCUGAUAGUUACAGAACACUUUUUUUUGGUAAGAAAUGCAUACACACUAUCUUUUUUUUUCUUUUUCAAUGUGUUUUGAAUGUAAACUGUAUUACUACACUAGUCAGAUAUACUGUGAACUGGUCUGAGUUGAACAUUAUACUUUGGUCAUUUGGUCAUUCUGUUUAUAUGCUGCUGAUUUGCUCUUGCUUUCUUUCAUUCAGACAUGAUGCACUACUAGUAUUGUUCUCAGAAGAAGCCUGUAUGUGUGAAAUUAUAUAUAUAUAUAUAUAUAUAUAUAUAUAUAUAUAUAUAUAUAUAUAUAUAUAUAUAUAUAUAAUGUGUGGGUGUGUAUGCCAGGUGUCUAAGUGCACUGAUGUAUAGCAGACUUUGCCAGCGGCUCACUGCCUCCAGUUCUGUGGAACCUACGCCGCCUUUGGCCACCAGGGGGUGCCGCUGCAUGCUGUUUGUGCAUGAGUUCAAGCUGAAUUUCACCAACAGCAGCAUGGAGGGUAAAAAAAAAAAACAAAAAAACAUGCAGCACAAAAAUAAGCAAGCGCACAUCACAUCUGAGCAGACAACGCUGUGCUUAUGGAGUAUUUCAAUUUCAAACAAGGUCAUUGGUCUGUAGAGCCUUUCUCAAGCCUUAUGAACAGAGACGUCACAAAGACUCUAUUGAGGACAUUGGACGCUGGGAGUGAGGAACAGAGAUCAGGUCUCUCAGUAGAGAGAAAACCCCUUUUGUUUUAUUUGUUACUUUUUGUGGAAAUAAGGGCAAACUCUAGAUGUUGAAAAUGACCCUGCUUGUUUAUUGAAAACGUUUUCUAAUUCCAGACGAUGUGGCAAUUGUUUGUGUCUAUGGCCACACAGCUUGGAACAUUUUGACUAUUCUUUCAAAACAGUCUUCGAUUGUGUAAGAGCGACUAUACAGUGUCUAGGUUAUUGUUUCUAAAAGAUUUCUGAAAAUUGCCAAAGGAGCAGCGAGAAACCCCUUUUGUAUGGAGAAAUUUGGCAUGUUUUGUACUGAUUCUGAUUUAAAAAAAAGUUUAAUUUUUUAUUUUGAUGUUCAGUAGAAACAAGACUAAGAAAUGGAGGCCUUUAACUUGUUACAGCACAUUCAGAAUUUACUAUAUGGCAAAUGCUUGGCCUGUUUGAGUUUUUAUGCCAGGCAUUGCCAUAGAUAAUCCUUUAAUUUCUUCUGCAUGUGCUGAAUUGUUGAGUCAUUCUGGCCCUAUUGCUGUACGGCUUGUCCAAAGCUGUUUGGAGUCUAUAGGCUGAACCCAGAAACCUGCCACUUGUAUUAGUUGAAUUUUUAGAAUCGUGAAGGUUUAAGAUGCUGUACUGUAUAAAAGAGUCUUUUUUUAUUUAGGCCUCAGAGUUUGUUUACAGUAUUUCAUAUGUAAAUGUUGAUUGAUAUGUACUGGAGAGGUGACAGUUUAUCUCUGAUCAUAUUUGCAUUUUAAGCAAAUUGAGCAUUUUCUCUGUCAAGUUAUUAGCAAUAAAUGUUCAAAAAAAAACCAAA